GAAAUACAUAAAGGUGGGCGGCCAGUCGAGAGAAAGUCCACGGUCCAAUGUCUGAAGCACAGGAGAAGCAGGCACCGGCGCACCUGCAUGUCGCAUAUCUCGGCCCUGAAGCUUCCUUCUCCCAUCAAGCUGCAUUGGCACUUUUCCCUCCUCCCUCUUCUCCCGACGAGUCAACUACAACAUCUUCGUCGUCGACAGACCUAACCUCCAGCAGUCCUCUCGUUACAUUACAUCCUCUACCAUCGUUCAGUUCCAUCUUCUCCUCUCUACAGAACUCCUCACAAUCUCCCUCGACAGCCACGACAUCUCCUGCGACGUCGAAUCAGAUCUACGACUAUGCCGUGAUUCCAAUCGAGAACAGCACCAAUGGCUCUGUAGUCCAGGUUCUCGACCUCCUCUCCCAGAGUGGCCUCGUCCAUCAAUCUCAAUCUCAAUCCCCUUCCUCCUCACCUUCCACCUCCGAACCGCUCUAUCCAUCUCUCUCCGUCUGCGCCGAGUACUACCUCCCCGUCCACCACUGUCUAUAUAUCCACAGCGGCAACAUAGACCAGGAACAACAGUCACAGCUGCAGCCAUUUGACCUCUCUACCGUCCCUGACUCCAUAAUCUCUCAGAUCUCCAACCUCUACACCCACCCGCAAGUCUGGGGCCAAUGUAAUAAAUUCCUCGCCCGCUACCUCCCCCCUCCCCAUGUCGAAAGGAUAGAUCUUGGGAGUACAUCCGCCGCGGCAGCUUUGGUCUCGAGGGAAGGGCCGAAGCAUGCAUCUGGCCGGAAUGGUGGACACCAAGGCAACAUUUCGGCUGCCAUUUGUUCCAAACUUGCAGGCGAAAAACACGGGCUGACAUGUCUGGCGGAAAACAUCGAAGACGAAGUCGGUUUGAAUACGACCAGGUUCUUGGUUCUGAGGAAUGAGGAUUUGCACCAACGGUUAGGUCGGGGCGUGGGAAGCAGCAGCGACGCUCAAAUAUCGUCUGACUGGAAGUCGAUGUACCACCAACAGCUGAUCUCCAAGCGAUGGACGUCGACAACUCCAACUCCCUCAAACUUGUCUUCACCGGCGAUCAACCCAGCUCCCUCACCACCAGCACCAGCCCCCGUGCGUCACAAGUCACUCAUCACUUUCACCAUCCCGCACCGUAAGCCUGGCUCACUGGCUGACGCCCUGGCCGUCUUUAAGAGGUAUGGCUUCAACCUAACCAGCAUCGAUACCAGGCCUAGCCGCCGGAGGAAUUGGCAGUAUGUCUUCUUCGUCGAGUGCGAGGAAGCCGGGCCCGAUGCGGAAGGAAAGGCGCUCGAUGGAGCAGUGGAUGCAACCACAUCCACUCUAGAAGAGACCGCAUCGGGGCCAGGGGCCAAUGAUUCAGACCAUUUCCCGGAUACAGGCGACAAUCUACGCAGGAUCCUGUACGACUUGCGCCUAUAUACUGAGAGUUUGAAAUAUGUCGGCCGAUUUGUCGAUCAAUUACAAGACUAAGCAUAUAUCAGCAAAGGACUGGCCUUUAACAAGGAUAUAGAAAGUUCACGCUAGAAACAAAAAUGGUCGUGGAGCCUCGGAUUGGGAUCCAUGUGUGGAACAGAUGUGAAGCGAUUGACUAUCGUUGUUGGCAGAGCGACGCUAAGACUGCAUCCUAGGGACGAAUGUGCAUAUAAAUCAACGGGAAUUGGGCUGAGCAGGAGAUAGUCUCUCCAGCAUGAGAGCUCCCAAGACCAGACGGGAUGCGACUUGUCGACCCAGGAUACCCAAGUGUCCUAGUAUCAAGGAUCAGUUUGUGAACGUCCGAGCCCUAUUGCAGAUCUGCGUCUCUCCAUUCAAUUUUGACAAAGCAAUGCUUGAGCUUGACGAAUGAGCGAAUGACAAGCUCAAUGACCUAAACACGUUGGGCAUCUACCUCGUUCUCGUAGCAUGCCAGUGGCGG